AUGCAUUCCUUCGCCGCGCUCUUCAUUCUCGCUUUGCCAGUUUUUGCCAGCGCCCUUGGGCAUGACCGUGUAUCGCGCCGACACCGCAGGAAUCCCAAUCGCGCUGCAUCAGCACCCCACGUUCGCAAAGCUACUUAUACUUUGAAGGACAUGUAUCAGGGGCAAUCAUUUCUAGACGAAUGGGACUUUUUUUCGGCGUCCGAUCCGACUAACGGCCUCGUUGAUUAUCAGACCAAGGAGGACGCUACGUCCAAAGGCCUUGCCUAUGUUCAGGAUGACGGUACCACCAUCCUUAAGGUUGACAAUACUACCACUUUAGAGUCAGGCCAAAACCGGGCAUCAGUUCGUAUCAGCUCGAAGACUCAGUACAGCAGUGGCCUUUUCAUUGCGGACAUCUAUUCCAUGCCGCACGGAUGUAGUGUAUGGCCCGCUUACUGGUCUGUUGGUCCUGAUUGGCCUAACGCUGGCGAAAUCGAUGUCAUUGAGGGCGUCAAUCAGCAGGAUCUUAACCAAUACACCCUUCACACCGGUAGUGGCUGUUCUUUGACCAGCACGAAAGUCGCCUCUGGCAGGGUAUUGGGUACAACGUGCACUUCCAGUAACGGGGAUAACUCCGGCUGUGCGUUCCAAGAAACUGAUACCCGCUCCUUUGGCCACAACUUCAAUCUUGCUGCGGGAGGCGUCUACGCACAUCUCCUUGCGGAUGAGGGCAUCUCCAUCUGGUUCUUUUCUCGCGACGAGAUACCCGCCGACAUCACGUCUCAGUCGCCGGAUCCAUCAUCUUGGUCGACCCCUAGCGCCUUCUUCCCCUCCACAUCAUGUAGUAUCUCUGAUCACUUCUACGAUCACAGCCUCACCAUUGAUACCACACUUUGCGGAGACUGGGCCGGUGCUGCCUACGGUGGAUCUUGUCCCGGAACAUGUGCGGACGCAGUUGCGGAUCCUACCAACUUCGAUUACGCCCAGUGGGCCCUCAACUACAUUGCUGUUUAUCAGUCAUAA